AUGGAUGGAGAAGGAGGACCCUCCGGGCUGGCCAAAUCAGCCGCCGUCAAACUGUCCGAGAUGGGCGAAAGAACCAAGCAGUUAGGCACCGCGAUGAAGGAUCCUCACCAGCAGAGACGGAUCAUAUUGGUGAUUGUCUGCGUGGCUCUCCUGCUGGACAAUAUGCUCUACAUGGUAAUCGUGCCAAUUAUUCCAGACUAUCUUGCUGAUCUGGAGAGUGAGCAGUCAGAGCACGUCCACGUAGUGAUGCAUCCCAACACUUCAGCCAACAGCACAAGCCAAGACAAAAGCAACAAGGACAAUUUAGAUGUCCAGAUAGGAGUACUUUUUGCAUCCAAAGCCAUCCUCCAGCUCUUAGUGAACCCGCUGUCGGGAACUUUCAUAGACCGGGUUGGAUAUGACAUUCCACUUUUAAUUGGACUGACGGUCAUGUUCGUGUCCACCUGCAUCUUUGCUUUCGGGGAGAACUAUGCGACGCUCUUUGCCGCCAGAAGUUUGCAGGGUCUGGGCUCUGCUUUUGCGGACACCUCUGGAAUCGCGAUGAUAGCAGACAAAUACACGGAGGAGGCAGAGAGGAGCAGGGCGCUCGGCAUCGCCCUGGCCUUCAUCUCUUUCGGGAGUCUGGUGGCGCCUCCCUUCGGGGGCGUCCUGUACGAGUUUGCGGGUAAGCGGGUGCCCUUCAUCGUGCUCGCCUGCAUUUGCCUGGUGGACGGCUUAAUGCUGCUCACCGUGAUCAAGCCCUUCUCCAACAGGACUAGAGAGAACAUGCCGGUCGGUACCCCCAUAUACAGACUCAUGAUUGACCCCUACAUAGCUGUGGUGGCCGGGGCGCUCACGGUGUGCAACAUCCCCCUUGCCUUUCUAGAGCCCACCAUAGCCAACUGGAUGGAGACCACCAUGCACUCCUCUCAGUGGGAGAUGGGACUCACCUGGCUCCCAGCUUUCUUCCCUCAUGUCCUCGGCGUUUACAUAACAGUUAAACUGGCAGCACAACAUCCAAAUCUGCAGUGGUUCUACGGAGCUGUAGGUAUGGUUAUCAUAGGGGCCAGCUCCUGCACAGUCCCCGCAUGCAAAACUUUUGGGCAGCUCAUCGCCCCGUUGUGCGGCAUUUGUUUUGGCAUCGCACUGGUCGACACAGCUCUGCUGCCGACACUCGCGUUUUUAGUUGACGUGCGUCAUGUUUCCGUGUACGGUAGUGUUUAUGCUAUAGCUGAUAUUUCCUACUCUGUCGCGUAUGCUAUGGGUCCUAUAGUAGCCGGGCAGAUAGUGCACAAUCGCGGUUUUGUACAACUUAAUCUGGGUAUGGGUCUCGUCAAUGUGCUUUACGCACCAGCCCUGCUGCUGCUGCGCAACGUGUGCCAAAUGAAACCGUCCUACUCAGAGAGAGAUAACCUGUUAGAGGAGGCUCCGCAGGGGCUGUACGACACUAUCAAGAUGGAGGAGAGGAGAGCUAAAAAGAAGGGCUACAGUUCGGCAGGGAAUUGCCUGUCAGUAGAUGAAAACGGGUUCGACCCGUUCAGAGCACAGCGGUCCUUGUCAGAGGAGUCGUCCGGUCCCGAGUACACUUAGAGCGGUCACACUCUGAACCGACCACCCGAAACAUUCCCCUGGGGAGGCGUGUAAACGAGGCAGGCCGGUUAUAAUCUAGUGGUUUCAACUUUUAUGUAAGUACCGAUGUGCAAUAUAAACACCCAAUCACCAAAAUCAUGAUUGUGUGAUCCGUUCUCCAAAGUUGAUUUUUCUUUUUUCUUUUUGACUGUGGUUUCAUUGUGUCGAACAAGUCUAUGUAGCGUUUGUCAUGGACGUAUAACUGGAGUUUUGUGAGAGAUUAUCAGCUACUGUUGAAUUUGUGUGUAUUAAUGAAUAUUAUAUAUAUAAAAAAGAAGAUACAAAUAGAUAAAUGUGCGUACAAGAUUAUAUGGGACCAACUAUAAGCAGCACAUUUCCCCCCCUUACACAAAAUAGCCUAUAUUUUUAGUCUGAGGAAACUUUUUU